GCGGCGCGCUGCUGCUGUGACAGGAGCUUGGCAGCUGGGACUGGCCUUCCUCCUGCCCAACUCCCGAGCGGGGAGCCCGCGCCGGCGUCCCGGGGGCGCGGCGGCGCUCGGAGAGCGGAGCCGUGGCGGCGGCGGCGGCGGCAGCGGCGGCCGGGGGCAGCCGGCGUGUCACCGCCUCUAUGAUGAAAUUUAAGCCGAACCAGACGCGGACGUACGACCGGGAGGGCUACAAGAAGCGGGCGGCGUGCCUCUGCUUCCGCAGCGAGCGGGAGGACGAGGUGCUGUUGGUAAGCAGUAGCCGAUACCCAGAUCAGUGGAUUGUACCGGGUGGAGGAAUGGAACCAGAAGAAGAGCCAGGGGGAGCAGCCGUCAGAGAGGUGUAUGAAGAGGCUGGAGUAAAGGGAAAGCUAGGCAGACUGCUUGGGAUAUUUGAGCAGAACCAGGAUCGGAAGCAUAGGACAUAUGUUUAUGUUCUUACUGUGACGGAAAUACUGGAAGACUGGGAGGAUUCAGUUAAUAUAGGAAGGAAAAGAGAAUGGUUUAAAGUAGAAGAUGCAAUCAAGGUCCUUCAGUGUCACAAGCCUGUUCAUGCAGAGUACUUGGAAAAACUUAAACUGAGCUGUUCACCCACUAAUGGAAACUCUGUGGUUCCCCCUCUUCCAGAUAAUAACUCCUUAUAUGUCACUUCUGCACAGACUUCUGGGUUGCCCUCUACUGUGAGAUAAACAUUUGGAUUACCUUUUUAUUCAUGUCAUCACAAGGGGAGACAUCUGUGAUCACAUGUAGGCAUCUGUAUAACUCUAUUCUAAGUGAAAUACGUGAAUGUGUCAUAAUGUCAAAUUUAUUUGAACAUGUUUUUCCUUUUUAACAAUGUAAAAUAGUAUUUCAGCAAACCAAAGCCAUAUAUGGAUUUUUUUUAAGAUGCCUUAAUAGGCCAUUUUUAAAAAAAAAAAAAAAAGAAACUUGAGUAUAUAAAUUUCCGUAUCUGCUAAAAUAAAAUAUGCAUCUCAGCGGUGUUCAGCUUAUUUAAGACUUGUCAGUUUUAGUCAGUAGUUCUGCAAGAGUACUUGCUUAGAAAAAAGCUUGAGCAAAUAGUCUUAUACUAAACUCUUAUUUGGUAUCCACAGAUGAAGUGCUAAGCUCUUAAGGUGGCAGUAUUUGGGGAAAUGGGUGUGUUGAAGGCAGAGAUGCAUAAGCGUGACUACAGUAAAGCACUAAACCACAUUCAGCCCGUCAAGAGCAAAGGAUACCGACACUAAGCGCUGCUUGCCUCAGUUAUCCAAAAGGUUGCCUUGUCCUAUGCAAUCUUCAUGUAACGUAUAACUAGAGCAAGAACAAUAACUUUGUCUUGCAACUACCAAAACUAUCCACUAUACUUUUGUUUCAUCGCUUGGUCAGCUGAUGAACUGUCAGAAGACUUACAUGAAAAGCAUUGUACAUUUCUUCCCCUAUUUUUUUUCCUUUUAGCAUUUAGAUACAUGUUUUGUUCAUGGUGUAAUUACACUGCAGGUUCCAAAAACUUCUCAUCUUCAAUGAGAAGUAUCUUAUGCAGUGUUCCUGCAGUCUGUUGUAAUUUUAAAAUGUUUAGAGGAAAGUAAGACUUACCCAAGGGGCACCCUUAUGUUACAGAGGUGUCUAUUAGCAAGCAUGUGUUGAGGUGUCUUGCCCAGCCGGAACUAGUAGUGGUACCUCCUGGGCUUGGAGGCAGGUGGGUUGAUACUUACACUAGUGGAGAAAUAAUAUUCCUUUGUCUUAUUCACAAGGUGUGCUGAAAGCCCCAAUUUUAAGUUAAUUCUUAAAUACUUCAGUUUUACUGUUUUAACAUCAAUUGCUUUAGCUGCUUGAAUUAAAAGCUGGCCUCUUGAUAAAAACUUAGUUGGAAUAAAUGAGGUACAGCUGACAACUUCCCUGUUCUUAAUUAUUUUCUCCUCUUUUUCAGCCAAAAAGAUGAAAACUAAAUCCACUGUUGGUCUUAAUGUUUUUACCAUAGGAUUACUCUGUGUGUGUGUGUGUGUGUAUGUAUGGUUUCUUUUACAAAACACAGUCUAAUUGAUGUGAACAUCCUAAUUCUGAAUUUUAUCUAGGAUCUAAACCCCACUGUACCUCCUCUAUAGCCAGCCAAAACAGAGGUUGAGGUAGACCAUUACCUCACAUGUGAAGUUUAUUCUGGGUAAAGCUCAUUCUCUUACACAACAUUUGAACCUUUGUAAAUAGUCCAACUAGUAAAUAGUGAGUGUAAAAUGGAAAAUAAAUGUAAUUUAAACCUUUUGUUACUCAAUACACAAAUGGUUAACUUCUACUUUUUUAACACAAAUUGUGUAAAAUGCUGCUAUGACUUUUUUUGUGCUGUUACACUUUUUUAGGAAAAAAUGUUGUUGCCACAAGUUACUCCUUAGAAAACCAAUCUUGUGCCAUAUGUAAAUGCAGUGAAACUAGGGAGACAGAUGAUCUGAUCUCUUAAUGCUGCUCUCUUUGAAGAGGCAUAAAUACUACUGACAAGAGGCAUGAGCCACAAAGCUGAAGACUUCUGAAAUUUUGAGUAGGAUGCUGCUUUCCAUCCCUGUAUCUCCUAUUCCAGGUCACUUCCAGAACUGGAAAGAAUACACAACUCUGUUUAGGUGCGCCUAAAGGUGGAAAUAUUGUCAACAGCUUAUCCAUCCUUCCAGUGCUGAGGUGGGGGGCUGGGGAAGGAGUGUUGAUAUUUCAGUAGUGCACAGAAGCGUAUGUGUACUUUACACUGAACCUAACCCAGAUUGGGACACCAUUUUCUCAGCUCACUUCUUUAAACUGAAUGGUCUAUCAAAAGCCCUGUUUUGCCAGGCGAAACAGAAGAAGGUGGAGUUGAGCAUGUUGAAGAAUGUCUAAUCUUUGUUGAAAUUGUACCCACAGUGUGUAAGGGUACCUCUGGCUCUAAAGCUGCCUUUAAAAGAAUGAAUCAUUUAGCUCCCUUUUUUGAUCACUUUGAUGCUCACUUUUUUGUUCAGUAGUCAUUUUAACACUUUAAAUUGAGCAAACUUGUACAGGCUUUCUUGUAACAAGAUUAUAUAGAAUCUGUGAAAGCUAAAACAAGAAUCCAGAGUUUGAGUUCUUAUUCAUAAAAAAUGCUUCUGUCUCCGUUUCAGAUUCUUGGAAUGAAACCAGUCCAAGCUUGUAUGAGAUUUAGUGGUAAUGCAUGAUCUUAUUUUGUAACUCUUGAAUUAUGUAUUUGAUAAUAAUGUAAAAAUGUACAGUAUUGCUGUUGCUAACAAACUCAGAGUUGAUUGAUUGCCUAUAAAUAUUUUGGUUAUUUUUUGGUCACACACAUUUGAGCUGUUCAGUAGUGCCAGACAGAUUUUUUUUUUUUUUUUUAAACAGCAUUCGUUGUAUAAAUCUCUUCAGUCUCUAUGCAACCUUCAGAAUGAAGCUCUAUUGCUUAGUUUGACUUCUACUCCCUUUUGUAAACAGGCAGCGCUUUGGCUUCAGUCCCAAUGAAAUCUGACACUAAACUUCAACAGAAAGGGUCUGUGUAAAAAUCAGAAUAGGAAGGCUAAAGUUUUUUCUACUACCUAUCAAUUUAAAUGUAGAAGCAUUUUGUUUUUACAUGCAUCUCUAUUUAGAUGGGUGAAACCUAUUUCAUACAGAGCAGACUUGGGAUUUUUCUUAUGCUAUAAGUUCUGUACAAUGUAUCCAGAUUUGGUUCUCCAGAAGAGAAGGGGAAGAGACAGGUUGUCAUCUGCAAUUUUCAAAAAGUCUAGUUCGUACUGCUGCUUUUCCUGGCUGUUAGGUUUUGAGAUUAUCAUGAGUUAAAUUAUGGUGGUAUCAAAUAGAAAUAGCCUUAAAGUUUAAAAUCAUGUGGAGCCAGAAUUAAGUGAAAUGGAUGUGCUUUUAAACACCACAAGAAAUACUGAGGUAUUGCAGAGAGGCUGUUAAAGUGAAAAUCUUAUUUUGGUGCUUACUGCACCCCUGACUUAGCCUAGCAUUGGUCUGUUAACAAUGUGCUGUGAAAAAGACCUGAGAGGCAAACACUUGGUUUACUUACCAACAUGGUUUGUGAAGUGAAAACUGAAGG